GGGUUGUGUUUCUAUUGGGGCGUGGCCGAGGAACUGUCACUCACGCUAGUUACCCAACAUAAUGGGCGUUCCCUCUCUCCGCUCGGACCAAUGAAAAGAAUCGCUCCUGUAGUCACCAUGGUGACGGGGUUGUGUCCGGGGAGGCUGUGAUGGGUUGACAGGUGCGUGACAAUCGGAGCUCUCUGCAAGCAUGUACGCCAAAGGCAAGAGUAACAACGUACCGUCCGACAGCCAAGCGAGGGAAAAGCUAGCACUCUACGUGUAUGAAUACUUGUUACAUGUAGGAGCCCAGAAGUCAGCACAGACCUUCCUGUCAGAGAUAAGAUGGGAGAAGAACAUAACGUUAGGAGAACCUCCAGGGUUCUUACAUUCAUGGUGGUGUGUUUUCUGGGAUUUGUAUUGUGCGGCACCUGAGAGGAGAGAAACAUGUGAGCAUUCCAGUGAAGCCAAGGCAUUCCAUGACUACAGUGCAGCAGCAGCUCCAAGUCCUGUCCUUGGUAGCAUGCCCCCAGGAGAUGGCAUGCCAGUCGGCCCUGUCCCUCCGGGAUUCUUUCAGCCUUUCAUGUCAUCACGUUAUCCUGGCGGUCCCAGACCCCCUCUCAGAAUACCCAAUCAGGCAUUGGGCGGAGUCCCUGGCAACCAGCCGUUAUUACCCAGUGGAAUGGACCCAAGACAGCAAGGUCAUCCGAAUAUGGGUGGGGCUAUGCAGAGAAUGACUCCGCCCAGAGGGAUGGUGCCUCUAGGACCACAGGGAUAUGGAGGAGGGAUGAGACCACCCCUCAAUGCUCUUGGGGGUCCUGGGAUGCCUGGAAUGAACAUGGGUCCCGGUGGAAGACCGUGGCCGAAUCCACCCAAUUCCAACUCGAUCCCGUACUCCUCUGCAUCUCCAGGGAGUUAUGUGGGUCCACCCGGGGGAGGAGGGCCUCCUGGAACUCCUAUAAUGCCGAGCCCUGCAGACUCUACGAAUUCAGGAGAGAACAUGUACACUAUGAUCAACGCAGUGCCGCCUGGAGGAAACAGGCAAAAUUUCCCUAUCGGUCCGGGUGGGGAUGGUCCAAUGGGCGUUAUGGCAGGAAUGGAGCCACAUCAUAUGAACGGAUCAUUAGGGUCAGCUGAUAUGGAUAGCAUUCCCAAGAACUCUCCAGGUAACCUGAGCAUGAGCAACCAGCCUGGAACUCCCCGAGAUGACGGCGAGAUGGGCGGAAAUUUCCUCAACCCUUUCCAGAAUGAGAGUUAUUCUCCAAACAUGACCAUGAGUGUGUGAAGACCUCUUUUCGGAAAUCCUGAUGGAUUCCACCACACGACUAGGCACUUGUGCAAGCGCGCUGUAGCCAGCCCUUUUCUGCUCUUUGAAGAAUAUGAGUCCAAGCAUUUCCUUUUUCUCUCCUACGUUCGUUUAGUUUUAUUUUAAAAAUCAUUCUUUUACCUCCUCGAACGCAUCACUCAGAGGGACGAAGCUGAACCACGUUGGGCGAGAACAACAAAUCAACAAUCUGUCUAUAUUUGCGUAUAUCUUUGUGUAUAUAUGUGGGUGUACAUUCAAAGUUACAUGUGCAUGUGUGUAUGAAAGGACAUAUAUUAUUGAUCCUUGUACGAGCUUCAAAGAGACACAGAAAGAUUAUGGACUUGAACUGUAUGUUUUUAACUAAAAUCAUAUUUGAUUUAAAUAUGAUGUAAAUGUAUUGCAUAUUGAGGCAUAAUGGGUGUCAAGUACAAUGACUGAUCAAUAAACCCUGUGCAGUAUCACAGUCAUAAAAGUCAAUUUCCCAGUGAGCAUGCACUGUAAUUGAUUCAACAAGAAUAACAUUGUUUUCAUGUCCUCGAAGAGAUUGUUGUCACUAAUGGAAAUUUGUUUGUAAUUCCAAAUGACGUCUGCAAUUUAUCAUUUCAUACUGCACACAGCCUCGGGACAUCUGUCCUCUCUAAUACAGCCCAAUCAAAUCAGCACCUUUGAGGUUUUGUUUGCAUAUAUUUAAAAACAGGAGAUUCAUUUUUCAGGAUGAUGCCUAAGAAGAACAGCCAUUUUAAAUGUACACUUUAAAAAUCCAUCAUGCACCUUUAUUGUGCCCAGUUGUGCCAUUUUAAGUGUAGGACAUGAAAAGGACGUCCUCCCAAACUGAACUGUGCUUCUACUAUGUCACACUAGCUUCAGUUAAUGUUAUUCAAUGAAUGACACUUCAAAAAUACUCCUAAUCAUGUGACUUACACAGAUACAACAUUUGUCACUCUUAUAUUUCAAUGUUUUCUUUGUGAAAAUCUUUGCAUGUGAAUACAGGAAUUAAAAUGGAUUUUAUGGACAGGAUAUAAGACCAUUCAGAGGAAGGGCACAUGGAUGGGAAUUGUAAUUCCGUACAUCUAUCAUUCGAAUAAUCAACUUAUUUAUACAGCCGUUGUUGUGUCACCCGGAGAAACUGUGAUUUGCUUUGCUUUUUUAUUUCAAGUGAAAUUAAUAUUAUUAUUGCAAAAUUUCUAAAAAUAUAUAUAUGUAAAUUUUUUAUAGCUUGGGGAUCCAAUUCAUCUGUGUCUCUGUGAAUUAUUUGAAAUGAUACUGUACAAUAAAUUAGGUGUUUUCAUGUUUAUUUGUAAUAACAUUUGCCUUUAUUUGCCCAAUAUUUUUGCCUGACAAUAAGAGAGACCAUAUCAUCAGUGUACAACAUUUUUGUUUGAAUUACUGCAUUAUUUGAUGUUUGAUUUUGUGAAGUGUUUAUUUUCUACCUUGUGUUGACUUUUGUAAAUACACAGAGGAGUUUUGGAUAUACUAUACUGAUAUAAAGCUUCUCAUUGAUGUU